UUCUUCGGUCAACAUUUUUAAUGUGAGACCGGCACCCAUGGCACAACCAAUGUCUGGUCAUAUAUAUAUAUAUAUAUAUAUCCCACCCCGACCACAGCCACUUUGCCAAUCUCAUUCAGCUGACAACAUCGUGUCAUCAUCCAUUCCUCUUCGUUAUCAGAUCGAUCUAAUCACUGGCCAAUGUGCUGCCGGCAGUCAUGGCGCUUGAAUCCCUCCCAACCGAGCUUCGCAUCCUCAUCAUCCAACAGCUCCCCGAUGUCCCAUCCCUCAAGUCUCUGGUUCACGCCUCCCCGAUCUACUACAACACCUAUACCCUCUCCAAGAAGAAGCUCCUCCAUGACAUCCUCCAACGACAGUAUGGUCUCGUAGACCUGGCCGAGCCAAUGGCCGCCCUACGCUCCCAAGGUCUCCAUGCCGACGUACCGGCCAACCGAAAUGAGAUUGUCACCCUCCUCGACCGUCGCCGUCGCCAUGGCGAGCUACCAGGCUCCGAGAAUGCUCCCGCCGACAUGGAGGAAUGCUUACAGCUCUCCCACUUCUACCGCCAACUCGAAUACCUCCUCAACGUCUACUGCGCUCAAGCCUCUUGCCCACCUGGCGUGUCGCAAGAAACAUGGGAGCAGAACCGUCCCAUCAACCCCUCUAAUACUGAAAAAGCCCGCAUUCUCCGCGCCCUCUGCCGUCUUCAAACCUACUGCAACAUCUUCGGCGCCCGAGAAUGGAGCGAAGAGCAGCAUCACACCACCGACGUAGCCUCGCCCUCACAAUCCCGCUUCUUCAAGCGCCGAUCCUCGAGCUGGUACCGCAAUUUCAACCUCCACGAAAUGUGGAGUAUGAUCUUCGGCACCAUGCCGCCCUGGGAGGUCGAAGAAUUCGGUUGUCUCUGGGUCUUCCUCCAACAGCAAUAUACGGAGAUCUUCUCCGAGAUCGCCCAGGAGUUCCCCCGGAACAGUCAUGAAUGGCAAUCGCUCCGGCCCACAGUCGACGGCAUGGAACUGUUCCCCAGCGUGGAUGGCGAUGGAAGCGACGGCAACGACUACAAUGAUUACCGCAACCACCUCGUCUCCCUAGGUCCAUCGUUCCUCUACAAAGUCCUCCGUCAACCAUCCUACGAGGCACGCCGCAACCUCAUCGCCUGUAAUGCUGUUUCCUCCAAGUCCUCCUUCAUGAUCCUCGUCCAGGUCUCCCGGGACCCCCCAUCUCUUCUCUACCCAGCCGACAAGUACGAAAGCGAAGACAUCGGCAGAACCCUCCCGCUCAUGCCGGCCAUCGAGCAACCCAACAGCGGCUGGAAGCACCACUGGCAUGGCUACGGGCCCAUCCACCGCGUCCGGGAAGUGGUCCGCAGCGACAACCUCCAGGAACCGUGGAUCGAGCGGACGAUCGGAAACGCGGCCGGAUGGCAAUGGGGAUAUGCGAUCUGGGAUGAGGAACGAAACGCGGUCGGUCACCGUCUUUAAACUCCCGUCGAAAAAAAAAAGAAAAAGUAAUUUCGUCGGAGAGAAACAAAAAGAAAAGCAAAAAAGAAUGCAUCAUCCGUGAAUCGAACACGGGCCUCAUCGAUGGCAACGAUGAAUUCUACCACUAGACCAAUGAUGCUGACUGAGCUAUUGGCUCUUGAUGAAGUUUAU